AGGAAGGAGGCGGGAGGAGGAGUUGCCCGAGAGGAGGGACGAGCGCGGCAGUCGCGCCGGCGCUGGGCGAGGAAGCGGAGCUGCCGCCGCCGGAAAAUGGCUCCAAAGGUUAAAGGAAGCUGGAAAAAUACAUAGAUGCAGCAUUGCAGCCUCUCCAGAUGUUUGGGGGAUAAAUACUCUGCAGACAAAUUGAUCCCCUGGAUUAGGUAACCAGUCAUAAUGAAGAAAAUUAGUCUUAAAACCUUCCGUAAGUCUUUUAACUUGAAUAAAAGUAAAGAUGAAACUGAUUUCAUGGUAGUUCAGCAACCAGCGCUAGCCAGUGAUUUUGGAAAAGAUGACUCCUUAUUCGGUAGCUGCUACGGUAAAGAUAUGGCCAGCUGUGAGAUCAACAGUGAAGAUGAACGCGGUGGGAAAAACAGAUCCAAGAGUGAGAGCCUCAUGGGCACGUUGAAAAGGCGGCUUUCUGCGAAACAGAAGCCGAAGGGCAAGGGCAGCGCGCCCGCCGGGAGCCCCGCGGACGAGGACGCUUUCUCCUCAUCGUCGGCGCCCAUCGUCUUCAAGGACGUGAGGGCGCAGCGGCCCAUGCGCUCCACCUCGCUCCGCAGCCACCACUACAGCCCCACGCCGUGGCCCCUGCGGCCCACCACCUCCGAGGAGACGUGCAUCAAGAUGGAGGUGAGGGUCAAGGCGCUGGUGCACUCGUCCAGCCCGAGCCCCGCGCUGAACGGCGUGCGGAAGGACUUCCACGAGCUCCAGGCCGACGCCGUGUGCCAGGAGCAGAGCGCGGCCCUCAAGAGCUCGGACUCUCCGAACCGAGACCUGCGGCUCCAUCUGGACGAACAUGUGCCUGUCGUUAUCGGACUUAUGCCUCAGGACUACAUUCAGUAUACUGUGCCUUUAGAUGAGGGAAUGUACCCUUUGGAAGGGUCACGGAGCUACUGUCUGGACAGUUCUUCUCCCAUGGAAGUUUCUGCCGUUCCUUCCCAGGUGGGAGGGAGCUCUUUCCCUGACGACGAGGGUCAGGUGGGCCAGGACUUAGUCACCGCCCCAGACAUCUUUGUGGACCAGCCCGUGAGUGGCUUGCUGAUCGGCACCACCGGCGUCGUGUUGCAGAGCCCCAGAGCGAGUCACGACGACGUCCCUCCACUCUCACCAUUGCUACCUCCAAUGCAGAAUAAUCAAAUCCAAAGGAACUUCAGUGGGCUCACUGGCACGGAGGCCCACGUGGCUGAAAGCAUGCGGUGUCAUUUGAAUUUUGAUCCUAACUCUGCUCCUGGUGUUGCAAGAGUUUAUGACUCUGUGCAAAGUAGUGGUCCUAUGGUUGUGACAAGCCUUACAGAGGAGCUGAAAAAACUUGCAAAACAAGGGUGGUACUGGGGGCCCAUCACACGCUGGGAGGCAGAAGGGAAGCUAGCAAACGUUCCAGAUGGUUCUUUUCUUGUUCGGGAUAGUUCUGAUGACCGUUAUCUUUUAAGCUUGAGCUUUCGCUCCCAUGGCAAAACACUUCACACUAGAAUAGAACACUCAAAUGGUAGGUUUAGCUUUUAUGAACAACCGGAUGUGGAAGGACAUACGUCUAUAGUUGAUCUAAUUGAACAUUCAAUCAGGGACUCUGAGAAUGGAGCUUUUUGUUAUUCGAGGUCUCGGUUGCCUGGAUCUGCCACUUACCCUGUCAGACUGACCAGCCCGGUUUCACGGUUCAUGCAGGUGCGCUCCUUGCAGUACCUGUGUCGUUUUGUUAUACGUCAGUAUACCAGAAUAGACCUAAUUCAGAAACUGCCUUUGCCAAACAAAAUGAAGGAUUAUUUACAGGAGAAGCACUACUGAAAGAUUAUGAGAACCCUGCAUCUUGCACUUUGGGAACAAGUAAAAGAGAUUGAAAUAUAGUUUACAGACUUUCAUUGCUAUCGAAAUCUUUUGCUGCCAUAACUAUUUCAGUUUUAUGUGUAAAGAGUAAUCAGUUUGUUUGGGGGUGGGGAAGUGUCAGCAAGUUGUCUUGGGUUUAUUUUAGUUCUUUAAAAAGGGAUGUCUUGAGGUUUCAGAAGUGUGAAUUAUUUUUCAUUAAUGUGCAAAAUAAUCACAAUGUGAAUGAUCAGAUUCUCCCUUAACACCCCUCCCCCCCACCAAGUCCUUUGCUGCUAUCCACUGUGAUUUUUAUGCAUUAAAAGCACAUUUCAUGUGUAUUCAACCCUAAGUAAGUUUAAUGAAACUUAACGGAAUAAAAAUUAUGUCUCUCUUUAAAUGGCCCAUUUUAAAAAGUAGUGUUGAAGAAACCUGCGUGAUAAAACACAGAACUUACAUAUACACUGAAAGUGAUUUUUUUUUUUUACUCUCAUUCUUUAGAAAGGUUUAUUUAGAAUGAGGGAUUCACAUAAUUUUGGGCAAUGAGAAGCAGAUCUGCAACAUAAUUUUACAACACAUCCUUUUCUAAAUUAUUUUUAACGUUCUCAUUUUUUUUGGUUGUGAAAGUUGAAUUUUUCUGUUGCCUUCAUUUUUCAACUUGUGAUUUGUCUGUUUUUUUAAAAAAUGGCCUUACAUUAAAAAUCUUAAAGAAAUAUAUACCACCAAUUUAGAAGUUGUUGCCUUUUCUGUCAUUAAACUCUGGUACAAAUUGGCAUAACAUAAAGACCUAUGGAACUAGAACUGUAAUUAAAGAAGUGUUAGAUGAUCAUAGUUUCCUGUGAUACCAGUUUUUGUUAUCUGUACUUUUACUUUUCGUAAAAUGUUUUAUCUGUGAUUUCUUUAGCUUAGUCAAAAUUUUCUUGGGUGAAACUUGAUUGUGCAACUAAUUUUCAUAAAUGAACUGGAUUCUCUUGCAACAUUAAAGUUGAGUUUUUCCCUCAUACUCAUAUAACACGUUUUUAAUGUUUCCUGGUAUAUAAAAUUUGGAAUUGAUUUGGAUAAAAAGAAAAUAUUGUUUUGAAGUUGGAUUUUUCUUUUUCUUUUAUGUAGUUACUAUUAAAAUGUGCUAGACUGGACCCCUCCUAUCCCUCCUCCUCCCCCUGGAAAUGAUUGUAGUUGACGAAGUGUGGAAAUUGUGGAGCAUUAUGGAAGAAAAAUUUUAAAACCAUAUCAGAUAUAUGGAAGUCUUGUUCCCUAUAUAUCUGCCAUUUAAUAAUCAUUUUUUGUUUCUUUUUAAUUUAGCUAAGUCUCAAGUCGUUUGGGAUCAUUGUUAAUCAUUUUUUCCCUUUGAACCAGUCUUCAGGCUGAUGGUGGGGUUAUCACCAAUACUUUUCAGUUAUUUUGAGAUGCAGAGUGUUAUUCAUUGCACAAUACUGCCAUGUAGUAUUUUGGAUUGCCCUUGCAGAAAAAUGAUUCCAGUUAUACAGCUUUAAAGGAAAGUGUUUCCAUCUCAGAUGGGACGUGCACUUGGAGGUGUUUCUUCCUUCUGUUGGUCACUUUUCCUGUCUCUGCCCCCAUUGAAACUCAAGGAUAAACAUCUUAGGUAAAAGCUAGUGGCUUUGUCAUUCAAACAUAUCUAUAUCCUUGUUUGUUUCUCUGUUUGCCUUUUAGGGUCAGAACUGAGAUAUUACCAAGAAAGGCACAUGCCAUAAUUAUCAUGGUGUCCUGGUAUUUUGACUUAAAGGGGAAAAGGUACUUAAUUUUAGUGGACUGUUGAUUGUACCUUGUUAGAAAGACUCCUCUUUCCUUUUGCUGAUGUUUUCACCUAAUAUGAUGGACUAUGGAGAAUACUGUAAUAAUAUAAUUUAAGUGUUCACUAUAAGCUAUUUGGGUUAAGAACUAUUACAGAGUUUUAAACUUGUUAUCAAAUUAAUGCAAGACAUUUAAACUAUUUUUUUUUUUGCAAAACUAUUUAUUUUUAAACAAUUUAAAAUAUAUCUAGGGUGAGUUAAAAGUCCCUGUGCAUCUAUAUUAGAUGGCAGGAAUUGUCAGAGAGUCACUGUGUAUUAAUAAUAAAUGUUGAGAUGGCUUCUCUAUGUUUCUAGAAGCAUUUACAUGUUCUCUUUGUGAAAUCGUGGUGCACAGAGGCCUUUGGACUGCCCUGAACCCCACUUCAUCAUGUGGACAUAGCCUGCUCCCCCCAUUUUCCUCAUGGUGCCAUGUGUUUAAGAUCUAGCCAGUUAGUGUCAAGUGAAGAUUAUUCUGAUUUUCAUCUAAAUUUAUUUAAAAGUGUAUUUGGUGGUCUUUUUGAUGGGCAAGACUUGAUACUGUUCUAAUUCGGAAAGCAAAUUUUUGAUGUGCUUUUGUAUACCCAUAAUAUAAAAUACUCUAAAACAAUAUGUCCUGCUAUAGUCUAAUUUGGAAUUACUAGGUUCUGAUAGUGUAUUGAUGAAAAUCAAAGUAUUUGCCAAGAAAUUAAAUGCAUAAACAGAAAGGAAAGGGGUAUUGGAAAUAUUUUCUGUUUUAGGAUAGAGAGAUACUCAUUUGGCAUAGGUAGCAUGGCAUAAUAGGAAGGAUUGGUUUUAUAUGAGAGGAAAACAGUUUGGUUAAAAAUGGAAGGGAAAAGAGAGAGAGAAAUAUUCAUCCUGUAAUUUGGCCUAGAUACAAUUUCAUUACGUUUUUGGAUCCUAUUGAAUGGUGGCUUAGGUGACAUGUAGACGAAACCUCUAAGUGACUUUUCAAUUUGUGCUUCUAAAAAUCUGUAUUUAAGGCAUGAAAAAGAAGAAAAUGGGAAAGCUGUACCAAUUUUCCAUAAUAAAUGGAUCAGAGUUUUUGUUUUUGUUUGUUUUGUUUUGAAUCAAAUGUUUCAUUACAAAAAAUGAUGGAGGCCAGAGGCUAUUUUCAGACUUACUAGGACACUAUAGUGCAUUUUUACGAAUAAGAAAGCGAUAGAAAGUACUUGAAAAAGCUCUCACUGUUUCUUUCUGUCUAAGAAAAACUGUUCUCUUUCUACUUGGUGCAAUAAUUUGAAAAUUUAAGUUUAGAAGGUCCAAAAUACUUUUCACAGGAAAGAUCAUAGAACUAAAAAGUUUUUAAGGAAAACAGCUACACAGGGCAACCACCUUGCUCUUAAAAAAAUAAGUGCCAAAAGGCUUAAUCAUUGGCGUAUAGGAAAUAAAAUAUAAAGUAUACAUUAUAAUUUCUGAGCCAGUAUUAUUGAAACAGGAUAAAAGUUACUAAAAAUCUUAAAUAGAUUAUAUGCAAUGUCUGCUACUGCUACGAGUCUAAAUAUUUUUCUUAAACCUUUCAGAAAUGCCAAUUUUAAUUAUACAUGCCACACUAUAUGAUGAGAGAUAUUGCUUUAUGAAUGAUUCAAAAUAAUAAUUUUCAUUUAAAUCUUAAGUUGGCAUUUCUUCAAAUGUGAAUUUGUAAUUUGAAAGUGAAAUCACAUUACCAGCAAUAGACAGUUUGGUUAAAUAUUCUAUUAAGGAGCAAUCACCAGUUCCAUAAAUAACUUUAAAAUUCUAAAAGCAUUGGUACGCGAUUAAUCACACAUUUGAUUUCUUUUAAUACUUUUUUAAUCCUGUAAAGGUUUUUUAUAAGCAUUCUUUUUAUUAAUCAAACAUAAUAUGGCAAAAUGUGUAGUUGCUGUUUCUGAAAAGUGUUCCAAACUCUACAUCCAGAGAUAUGAAAAAAUUCUUAUAGAAUUUUGUAAUAAAUAUACAUGUUGGGUUAAAGAAAUUUUAUAGUCUUGUUGGAGUGCCAUGAAAUUAAUACUUGCAAUCCAGAUUGCUGUAGUUUACACUUUUUCUCUAUGUUUCAAAUCAGGUGUAUACCAUUUGUAUGAGAACACCACAGAAUGAAUUAUCCAAAGUCCAUUGAUUUUAAUAUGUGUUUUGGUUUGUAAACAAAUUAUAGUAAUUUCUUGCACAUUUUUGGAAAUUAAUUGUAUAAGAAUUUAUGUAUCUGCUUCUAGAUACAGUGUGUAAAUAAAAAAUUUCACAAAAUUUGCCUUGCAAUCUAUUUCAUGAUCUGAUGCAUUCAGCUUCUAAUUAGUACAGGGUUUACUGGGUAA